AACUCGCCGAUAACGAAUCGUAGCCCUAAACGAAUCAGACAAUAUUUUACAGAAUAGACAUUUUAUUUAAUGCAUGCCUUUAAACAUUAUAAUGUAUCAGUCGUCGAGGUCAUUCAUUUUGACUUUUGCAGACUGAAAAUGGUUGUUGAUAAUUAACGUUUAUUGAUCUUGGUAGAUGAAAUGCAAACACGGCGUCUUUUUGAGCCAGAUUCAGAGCCUCGUUUUAAAGUGAAAGACUGAAGCUCACCUCGUGUAUUCUGGCGGUGAUUUUCAGCGAACAAUACAAUUUUUGCGUAAAAGCAGGUUCAAAACAAUGCCUUGUAAGAAAAAGAAGGUAGUCCAACGUGCGCACUCCAGCCCUGCACAGAAAUCUGCAAAGGCAGUAUCCAAUAAAUACAAACUGAAAGGGAAGCGGAUGAGUCCGAGGAAGAAGAUGGCUGUACGGAGAGCCCUUUAUAGCAAACCAGAUGAGUCCAUUGUUUUGGCACCAACAAAAAAGGAAAUGGUAUUAAGAUACUCUGUUAUUAACGGAUACCAUUUUUUCCAAACAAGACCACCCAAUUUCACACCCCCUACUCAGUUACUAGUCCAGCCAGAAUACACUAACAUUCAUGAUGAGUGUGCUAGUUUGGUAUGGUUGCCAGAAUUAGAUUUUAUUCCCAACCAUAUGCAUUCACUUUUACCUGAUGAAAAGAGGCAGCUAAAACUUCAAGAUGUGGCUGGUCUACCCAUUGGCCAUGUCCCAAGAAAUUUGGCAGGAUUCUUUCGGCCUUUGAUGGAGAGUGGACACAUUGUAGCUGCGGUGACUGGAGAACCUGUCCCAAGCUUACCUUCUUGGCCGGCAUUAAAGGAAGAAGGAGGGGUGUAUUGCUUCCGUGUAAUUACAAUAUCACACAUCCUGAUAUUGAAGUACAAUAUAAUAUACUUUCAGAACUGCUCAAAAGUAUUCCUGAAGGGACGACCAUGGAACUUGUUCUGUAGCUACUUGGAGUAUUUCUUUGCAAGUGUUUUUGAUUACAAGCAGUAAUCUUUGAUCUCUGUUGAUUAUCUAGUCAGUUUUGAUUAGCAUAUAAUGUUAAUUCCAAUAACUUAUUUAUUUUAUGUUAUAUGCUGAUUACAAGAAGUAAUAUUUGACCUAAGGAUAUAGAUAUUUGUUAACUCGUUUAAUCUAGUCAGUAUUGAUUAGGCUUAGCAUUUCAAAUGUUAAUUGCAGUCGCGUAUUUUUUGUAUUUUUUCAGUUGAUUACAAGUAGUAAUCUUUGAUCGCCGUAUAUAAAUACAUGUAUCUAUAAACAGACCUAUAUUUUGUUGACAUUUGAAUAUUUUAUUGACAGUAUAUAUCUGUUUAAAUAAACAAGCAUACUAUUUCA